UUGACAUUUGACGUUCAGCUACAUUUAGUUAGUAAAACAAUAGUAGAAAUUUUACUUACGCUAGCGCUAUGUGGCGCCUCAAAGAAUUCUUCAGCCAGUUUGCAGUAUUUAGCUGCCAGCCGCAGCGACCAGCACAAAACAACUGCAGCAUUUGCCUGGAAACCAUCAACGCCAGUGAAGCUGCAGAGCUGCGACAUUUGAACUGUGGUCAUGAAUUCCAUAAGCUCUGCAUCGAUCAAUGGCUUAGACGCAACCGAAACUGUCCCAAUUGCCGGCGUGCAGUAGCAGCUCAGACGGAACCAGCAGCAUAUCGGCCACGCUGGCCACGUUGUCGUCCUCCUGUGGACACCUAUUUGCGCUACAUUUCCCUCAUCAACAACAACAACAACAACAAUAACAACAAUAACAAUUAGCAAGUGGCGGCAGCUUAUAUAUUUCAUUACUUAUGUAUUUUAAUAAUCAAGCUUCAUUUGCUAAAUAAUAUAAAGCGUAGCGCUUUUUCGCGCAGUGC